AUGGCAAGUUCACAAGCCGACGGGAAGAGGAGGGUGAGGCACCGCAGGUCACACAGCGAAUUAAAAGAUGAGAAAAAGCACAGGUCUCGUGGCAAGAGAAAUGUUACACUCGAACCUUACGAGUCUGAAGUGGGGAGGAUUGAGAUAGAAAGGCUGGAGACCCAAAAGUCAACCGACAGAACCGCAGCGACUUCAAAGAUGACCUCCGAAUCGUAUGCAACACUACCAAGCCAAAAGAUUUCUACGAGUCAUAGAAGGAGAAGGGUACAUCAUCGAAGUGAGGAAGAACCUUCUCAUCGUAUGCGAAGAAAUUCCACUUCGGAAGACGACUCGACACAUGUCUACAGAAACCCCGAAUCCAAGUCGAAACAGUCUCGUAUUCAGGUUGCAGAGAAGCAGGUACACAGCGAUGAGGACUUUGGUGAGUCUGAACGGGAGGAGCGACAAACGCAGGCCGAAUCCGUGAAGGAGCGUCCUAGGAAGCGAAAGAUCAAGAUCGUAUAUAUCACCGAAGAGGACUAUCAGUCCACGAAACCCAAGGAGCGAAAAGUGAGGGAGAAGAAACCACGAGAUGAUGACCACCAAGAAAGAGAGGGUUCUAUUCGCAGAAGCAAGACGCAUCGCUCUCAUCAGAAGGUCUCUGCUGAAGCGUUACCUGCUUCGCCACCAAAAAGAAGUACUUCUACAAGAGAACCCACCUCUACAUCCCCGCACAGUAUACGGAGAAGCCAUACUACGAGUUCACAUAUUCCAUCUGUCAAGCAACAUGCGCCGUCCCUUACCACUACAAAUACGGCCAACAAGCGGUCGAGCUUUUUGGGGGGGUUCUUUACACCUGCACCUCAACCCCACAGGGAGCCUGAGAGACUAGUUGAAUGCUUGACAUGUCUGUCGGAUGAUAUACCAAGAUCGAAAUCCGCAAAGUUAAAGUGUGGUCAUCGCAUGUGCCACUCAUGUCUAAGGCGUAUCUUUAAACUUUCAGUUACUGACCCGCAACACAUGCCACCUAAAUGUUGCACUGCAGACCACAUACCCCUUAAGCAUGUUGAAAAGCUAUUCGAUAUCAAUUUCAAGAAAACUUGGAACCAUAAGUUCCAGGAAUACUCUACAAAGAAUCGUAUAUACUGUCCCGCCCGAAGAUGUGGGGAGUGGAUCAAACCUGGAAGCAUGCAUAGGGAGGACGGGAAAAAAUAUGGCAAGUGUAGUCGAUGUAAGACCAAAGUCUGCUGUUCGUGUAACGGCAAAUGGCAUGGGUCAAGAGAUUGUCCCAACGAUGAGGAGACCAACAGGCUUCUUGAAACAGCGAAACAAGCUGGGUGGCAGCGAUGUUAUAACUGCAGGACGAUGGUCGAACUGAAGGAAGGCUGCAACCAUAUGACUUGUCACUGUACCGCUGAAUUCUGUAUGAUUUGUGGCCUCAAGUGGAAAUCUUGUAACUGUCCAUGGUUCAAUUACGAUGCCGUAGAAGCGGAUCGACUCGAGCACAUGCGGGUUCCAGAACCUGUACGGAACGAAGAGGCGCCACCGCCCCCUCAUCGACCGCAGCGUCCUCGCAGGCCGAGGCCAAAUACUUAUCUUGAAGAAAUAAAUGAUCGUCGUCGGCAAGAACGACUGGAUGAGGAAAUGGCUCGUCGUCUUCAAACAGUUUCUAUCGGUGGUGACGAUGAUUACCAAGGAGGGAUAGGUGAUAUCCAUGGCAUUGGCAAUGGUGCAGAUCAUUUCAUGAACCAGGACUAUAUCAGAGCAGCACACAACAUCUUGACCGGGACAUUCGACCAAGCUACAGCCGCCGCCAAUUAUGUUAUGGGAGUAGCUCAGGCAAGAGGGGCGCCUCCACCACCGCAGCCAGGACCUCGAAGAAUGUCAGGUCGAUAUCCCGUGCCUGUCAGAGCCCCAUCGCCGCCACUACUGAGGACCAAUUCAGCACGAGAGGAAGCGUACAACUCGGCUUCAACUACCAGGCCCUCUGAACGGAUUGUACCCCGGAGAACCAGGACUGAUUACGAGAGUGAGGCUGCUGUACAUGCACCUGUGGGAAACAUACCCCAGAGGUCCGUUUCUGCCAGAACCCCGCGAGUGUCUGUGCUUGCUGGCCUUGGAGGUAGGGGCAACAACAGAGUCCACGCUUGGAGGUCACAUGUUGAACCUGGAGUCACACCUGAGGAAGGUAUGCUAUCAGUAGUAUAG